CAACACACACACAGAGAGAGACAGAGAGAGAGAGAGAAAGAAGCAAGCAAACAAGCAGCACAAGGCAAAGCUAACUCUCUCUCAGCAAGCUUGAACAAAAUGGAGACCUUCCUAUUCACAUCUGAAUCAGUGAAUGAGGGACACCCUGACAAGCUGUGCGACCAGAUCUCUGAUGCAGUGCUUGAUGCCUGCCUUGCCCAGGAUCCUGACAGUAAAGUUGCCUGCGAAACUUGCACCAAGACCAACAUGGUCAUGGUUUUUUGCGAGAUCACAACCAAGGCCAAUGUAAACUAUGAGAAAAUCGUGCGUGAGACUUGCCAUGCUAUUGGGUUUAUCUCUGAUGAUGUAGGUUUGGAUGCCGACAACUGCAAGGUCCUUGUUAACAUUGAGCAGCAGAGCCCCGAUAUUGCUCAGGGUGUCCACAGUCAUCUAACCAAGCGACCUGAGGAGAUUGGUGCUGGUGACCAGGGUCACAUGUUUGGUUAUGCAACUGAUGAGACCCCUGAAUUGAUGCCCCUCAACCUCUACGGUAGUGUUUGCCUCUCUAAUGUGCGCCGCCGAUGCUCUCCCUAG